UCGCGAAGGAAACGGAGAGGUAACCCUAACCCCCAAAUCCUCGAGCGCCUCCUUCAAUCCCCAACACACCCGGCCGAAAUCCGAAACUCGAUGGCGUCCGAAUCGACGGCCGGCCGCGCCUCGGUCGAUUCCCCCGGCGACGCCUCCCCGUGGCCGGCGUCGAUUCUCCUCGCCCAGGAGGCGUACGGCGCCGUCAGCAGGAACCACACCACGGCCACAGCCAAAUCGAGGGUCGACCACACCGUGGAGCUCACCUUCUGGGUCGCCGACCCGCCGGCGGUGUCCUUCUACACGUUCCACUGCUCCAAGCCCCCCACCUCCGACUCCGAGGACGCCGCCGACUUGCAAGUUCAGCCACACGUGGUCGGCGCGGAGGGCCGAUUCGUUCUCGUCCGCACCUUCUUCGCUUCCGGCGACGACGAGUUUGAAUACUUCAUCUACAAGGGCGACCCCAGGUCCCCGUCCCUCGAGAGCGUGCCGCUUCCCGAUGAUGAUAGGCUGAGCGGAUGCGGAGGUACCGAGUUCGGAAUCGUGCCCCGCGGCGACGGCGACCAUUAUCUCCUGAUUGCGCUCUGUUACGCGGCGACCUUGAAGGAUUACCGGCUUCACAUCUACUCGUCCGAGGACAGAGCAUGGAGGACCAAGGAACUGCUCAAUCCAUGUCCUCGGGUCCUUACGAUUGCACCAGACAAGGUGAUGCUGCUCCGAGAUGGCGUGCUGGUGUGGGUCGAUUUGCUGUGCGGGAUGCUGGUGUGUGACAUACUUCAAGAACGAGAACCCCUUCACGCGCGCUACAUCCCAUUGCCUGAGCCAUUGCCUAGAAACAGAGAACAGAUUUUGAAGCAGUUAAUCCCGGGAGCUGCCAUCAGGCGUUAUCGGGAUGUCGCCUGUGUCGAUGGUCUGAUCAAGUUUGUUGAGAUGGAACACCGCGUCACUGUAACAGAGAUUGUAGAGGUUCCUCCUGAAAAGCCGUCUGACCCCAGGGACAAGACUGUGCUCUAUGAUUCUGACUUGAUCAUGCUCUACAAGCGCAAACAUGUGGACAACAAGCCCAAGACGCUGCACACAAUGAAUGGUUGGAGUGCCAUGACAUGGACUAGGGAGAUUGGGUCUGACUGUUGGCUCAAGGGAGUCAUUGUUGACGUUGAUGACAUUUUGGUCGAUGAUUCGGCGUUUUCAGCCUUACUGUCUGGCCAAAGGAACGAAUCCGCUGGGAGCUUGACAUUCAAGAACAUGUACUCGGCUUGCCCCACCCUCAGCACAGAUGGUAAUGACAUCCUAUACCUCAAGUCAUCAAGGAAAAUGAUUGAUUCAUAUCGAUGGGUGGUUGCGGUUGAUCUUAAGGAGAAAACACUGAUGAAAGUGGAAGCACCUGGGGCGCACCCUUUUGGAGAAUAUUCUCCUUCGUUUCAAAUGUUCCUUCCCUGUGCAUUGGUGAACCAUCUAAAAAUGACUCCAGGCAUUAAAUUCUCAGCAAUUCAGACCGCACAGACAAGCAGCUCUGCAAAUGAGCCAAAUAAUGCAGCUAUCUGUGUCGGCGAGCCUGAUUCCUAUGAACCUGAAAACAAACGUCCAAGGCUAUUGGCUGAGAAAGCCAACCAUGCACAAAAUUUAGCUCAGAGUACUGUACGGAAUGUUCAUAGCUCACAAGCCUGUCCUGAUCAAAACAAUAUGCCUCCACAACCAUGCUUCAACAGGUGGGAGGGGCCUGGCUACGGUGGGUACUCAUCAUGCCCCCCUCAAAACAAUCCGCCGCUGCCACAAUGUUUCAACAACUUCACUCGACCCUGCAACCCUGUGUAUGCACCGUCGGCCCCUGCCCCUAACAUACAUAGCUACGGCAACUAUCAAUCGUUGUGGCAGCAGCCACUACUACCGGAGCAGCAGAUGGCACCUAGCAGGGCAUUUGGACCUCACGUGGCACCCCAUCCAUACUUCAACAACUGGCGUGGAGCCGGACACCAUGGGAAUUCACAGCAAUACCCUGCGGGUAACUCAUAUUACUAUGGUGCGCACUCAGGCAGUGGCAACCAAGGAUUUGGUUACCGUCCGAUUUACUACGAUCACCGAUACUAACCACGUUUACUGACCCCCUCCGCUUCCCCCUACUCAGUUGCAGCUUCCCAGUAAACACUUAGUGGUGUUUGGACCUCGUGCGGUAAGACACUGAGGUAUGUUUCAAACUGAAAUUUAGAUGUGGUUACAUGGUUGGCCUUUAAGAAAAUUAUGUACGAAAAUAUUUGCCUCAGAUAGUUAGAUACUGUAUAUCAGAACAUACAAGUAAAGCUGUCCUGUAUUAGUAUUGGUGUGAAAUAUGAAAAAACAGCAACUGUUUUUCUGAAGUGUUAACACAUCAGUGAAUGGCGCUUAACCUCUUAAGCGCUUGUUCGGUUGCAAGGGGUUUGAAGGGGAUUGGAGUGGAUUGAAGAUGAUUAAAUCCCCUACAAAUCAAAUUCCCUCUUGAUCCCCUCCAAACCUCUUCAAUCCUCUCCAAGAGAGGUUUAACCGAACAAGGCAUAAAGAGGUUCUUUGAAAGGAGCGAAUGUUUGAUAAAGGUGUGGUAAGGGUCAGAGGGUGAUGGAGGGUGGCGGCUCCCUAAAGAUGGAAUAAGGUUCUCCCCGCCUAGCCCUCGCCCCGGUGGUGCCUCUAGCGUGGUCGGAAGGCAUGUGAAGGUGUGUCUCAGGUGGAUCUUGCGGGGUUCAGUUUGUAUUUGUCUUCGGUCCAUCUAGUUUAAUCUGGUCUUUGUUCGUCUAUAUUUGUGUGUUUGCAUGUUGGAUCCUUUCAAUCUACGCUUCUCUUCAUCGAUGACAGUUGCUAUUCUGACGUGCUGAUCAUGUGGGGUCUUAGCACGACGACUUUUCGACUAUCUACUACAACAAAGUUUGCCCAGCUCCAGUGAGGGAGGGGUGAUGACAGCUUCGGCUUGAUCAUGUAAUUGUAAUUGUCUGUCGGUGGUCUACGAAUCUGGACGUAAUAUAUGUUAUUUAAAAAAAUGUUCUUUGUACUGCUUUGAUUAAUAGAUUGA